GGUUCCUGCGCGCUUCAGUGUGCCAGUGAGGGCGGGACUGGUCGCAGCAGCAGCAACAGCUGCAGCCCCCCCAUAGAGACCGAGCACCCAUUCUGUCCGUCCGGACUCCGGCCCUUGGCCCUUGGCCCGAGCUCAGCUCCGCUCCCUCAGGCUCCCUCCGUGCACUCGAUGGCGAUCAUGGCCGCCGAGGAGGUGGCGCCCGGCGAGGUGGAGGGUGAGGCGGGUGGCCUCCUGCAGGAAAUCUUCACGUCUCCACUCAACCUGCUGCUGCUCGGCCUCUGCUUCUUCCUGCUCUACAAGAUCGUGCGUGGCGAGCAGCCCCCAACCGCUGGCCCUGGGGAAGAUGAGCCGCCCGCGCUGCCCCGCCUCAAGCGCCGAGACUUCACCCUGGCUGAGCUGCGCCGAUUCGACGGCACCCAGGACCCGCGCAUCCUGAUGGCCAUCAACGGCAAGGUCUUCGACGUGACCAAGGGCAGGAAGUUCUACGGGCCGGAGGGACCAUAUGGAGUUUUUGCUGGAAGAGAUGCUUCCCGGGGCCUUGCCACUUUCUGCUUGGACAAGGAAGCUUUGAAAGACGAAUAUGAUGACCUGUCAGAUCUCAAUGCUACUCAGCAGGAGACCUUGAAAGACUGGGAAUCGCAGUUCACAUUUAAGUAUCACUACGUGGGCAAGCUGCUGAAGGAAGGGGAGGAACCCACCGUGUACUCGGAUGACGAAGGUCCCAAGGAUGCCAGGGAGCGAAAGAAUGACUAAAGGCUACGUUGAUGAGAUCUAUUUUUGUAUGUUCCAGUACCAUUUGUAAUAUCCUCUUGUCUCACCCUAGUCAGCUGUAACUCCAGCCUUAGAAAAGCUUUGGACGUGCUGUUAAUUGUUUUUUAAUCAUGUGAAACUCACUAGUUAUCUUGAUCACUUUAGCUCCCCGUCUUAGACAAUGCAUGAUGAACUAGAGAACCCCAAAGUAGAGCACUUACCGAAAGUGAGGAAAAUGGUAAUCCUUGUUGUAAUGUUAUUGUUGUUGUUGUUGAAAUUCGUAGCAUAGUGUAGACUGAAGCAAAGAGCUUUUUAGUGCCAGGUGAGAAUUUGCUCUUGAGGAGAGGUUGAUACCAAAGCAAUUAGAAGGAUCCUGUGUGAAAUAACUCUCACAUACCUAUCAGUAAGCGCCCCUUUCAAGCAUGAUUUUGAGGACAGCAAAUAUUCAAUUUUCCAAUUGGGCAGACUGCAUGAUUUUGGUUUUCUCUACUUCUAAAACCAAUCUGCAGUGUUACAAAGGCUUUAAUAUUGCUCAGAGGUGGCCAUCUAGGACCAAAAUGAAGCUUCAAAGCUUGGCUCCCUUUCACUUUGUCUCCCAGAGUGAAAGGGAAUCCAUGUGAAAUGUUGUUAAUUAACUCUUAGUGGGGAGCAGGGAUUACUACUUAAGCUUCCUGUUUCUCUCCCUUUAUUGGACCAUUUUAAAGAAUUCUUAAGAACAGAUCUUAACAUUCACGUGACCAGCAGAAGAGAAUGUGACAAGUCCCUUCUUUAGUAACAAGUUCAUUUAGAAACAGCUUGUUAGUGGCUUUCUAGACUCUCACAGGCAAACAGCUAACAAAGUUCCCACUCAUGAAUGCCCAACAAGAUGACAGUAAUGGUUUCCUAAGCCCCAUUGCCACAACUCAUGUUCUCAGUCGACUUCUUUCUCAGCCUGGGGAAAAAAGAGUACUCCAAAUAGAGAUGCGAAACUUAAAUUUGAAUUCCCUGCCUCCUCUUUUGAACAGAGCAAGAAAAAUUGCUUUCUCUGUAGUUUUAAGAAAAAAUUUGUUAUUUUUAGGAAUGGUCUCUCAUUAUUGGUCACACCAUUUAGUAAUGGUCACUCAUUAUAUAUUUAGGAAUGGUCACUCAGAAACCACAUUUCCAGAUUUUGAAUAUUCAUUCUGUCUCAAAAGCCCUCACUUCACUAGUCUCAGGAAGAAAAUUCAUUGAGCCCAGUCCCUGAAUCCACAGAAGUUAAUAAAAUUAACAAGGAAAAUUUAGGCAAACUUGGAGGGGGGGGAUAGAUAGGGAGCUUUAAAAUGAAAUCUAGAUUAUCAUGCUUUCUUUCAUGAAGCAGUGAAAAAAAGCUUUACCUUGGAGCUCCUCUGAAUGUUGAACUGAAGGUAAUUGGAGGGAUGGUACACAGACCUGGAGCACCUAAAAAUCCCAUGAGUCUUUGAAAAAAAUGUUUUUUGUUUUCACACAAUAAGGCUGUGCUUCUAGCACUUGGUGUCUCUGUGACCUUGGAUUAGUCACUUAACCUCUCAAUGCCACAAGCAACUAUAGGGUUACAAAUUGCAGAAAAAGUGCAGAUCUGCAUUGAUGAAGGGGGUUUCCUUAUCCGGAAAGUUCCCUGCACCAAAGAAAUUCUAGAUCCCGUUUUCCUUGGUUUUGCUCAGUAUGAGUCCUUUUUUAAACCCAACAUCACAAUUCCAAAAGCAGGAAGCGAACCCAAGCAUCCCAGCACAUGCUCCUGGAGUCUCCCCUCCCCCUCUCCACAGAGUGCCGGAUAUUUUGUAGAGUAAGGGUUUCACAACAUCUGUGAUGGUGAAUUCUCCUAAAAAGCCGUCAUCUUCUAGGGACCGGUGUGCAUCUCAUCAGAACCAUGCUAGUGCCUCGACUAGGUGUCCAAUGGAGACCUCCCUCCAUGGAUUAACCUUUUUCUCUUCAGUUUAUUACCCAUAGUCAUAAAGUACCAUCCCUCUUAGGUGUCAGAAACAUAAGGAUUGGAUUGUCAUAGCAACGCUGUCAUUUUAGAAACCAUCUGUCUGACCAGCAGUUUAACACUUAGAUACUCUGCAGAGAGAAUGAAUUUGAUGUUUAGGGGGGAAAUCAUACCAUUUCUUUUACAGUGCCUUUUGGUCAAGGGUACCCUUAGACUGGAUAUUGGGAGUUUGCUUCAUGCUGUCACACUGAGUCCCAGAAAAGUAAAAUUAUCUUACCCAAGGUCUCCCCAGCGAGUGAGGCAGAGCUGGGACUCGCCCCCCCCCCCCUUCCCCAGUCUUUCUCCAGCCACCUGUUCUUUCCUCUGCAGGUAGUAGAAACUUGCCUUUCUAUUCAUUUCCCUUGAGUAAGAGCACAUACUACUAACCAGGAUUUUAAAAUAUACUCUUUCUAAGGUAGUCAUAGUUCUUUUAUCACAGAAAAAGUACAGUCACUGAAAAAAAUGAGAAAAAUGUCUAGAACCAGGUGUGAGAAGAAAAGAAAGCCCGGGGAAAGAGAGGCCUUUUGAUGAAGCCAACACCUUCUUGACAGGCAGGCCAGCCUGCCACAGUGGAGGGAAUUUACUCUCGGGGAGUUCUCGAUACCGAUUGAAUCACAGGUUUGGACGAAAAGCAAACCACACACACCUGAGAACAGUUUUGGGAAGGGGCACUUGUCAAAGCAUUGCAUGAGCAGCUUCAAAUGAUUGGUUAACUGAGUCGGGUUUUUCUUAAAGCCCUUUUGUCAACUCUUUGUAAUGGUUUUACCUCAAAUCAGAAGAAUGAAGUGCUUUUGUCAUCUAAUUAAUAAAAUGGUUUGAUGUGGUACUACAGCUCUU